CGCUCCUCUCACUGCUUGCAUACCUUCUACUCAAACUCACACUGCGUCCGAUACACGAAUGUGUUGCUUUUCUGUUUCAUUGUUUUGAUCCAUCCGGCCAUAACAGUAAUCGCGGUUGCCGUGCUUAUUUUUGCCCACAAAAACUUGUGUAAUCUGCGCUGUCGUGAAUCACGGAACAUUAGCAGCUGGUACGGCGGCAAUGGGCCAAGCAAUAAAGAAGCAUCGCGGGUGGGAAAAAUUGCAUUCGGAACCGAACUCAAAAACUUGCGCCUUGCAAACGUGCUGGUCGUGGACAUAGUUUGUCAGUCGAUUGAUAUUCCCGUGGCUGAAAGCGAUCCCCCAGGUCCGCGCAGUGUGCCAAGUGGUCGUCGCGGUCGGAGUGCGUGCGAAGGACAGCAAGUGUGGACCGUUCUGUACAAAAAGAGUGAGUGUGUGAGGAAUAACGGGCCCCUAACGUCGUGUCGCCAAACGUCGAGCAACAGCGAUUUAGUGAAAGGCGACCCACUCGUGAAACAGCGUGUGCUUUAAGUGUGUUUCCGGUCCGGAAAAUUGUGCUAUCAACUGCAAAAGCUACACCUUCGCUACAGUAAACAACGCAGCGGUUCGAUCGAUCCUAGGGAAAUUCCGUACCGUCACGUAAUCGCGUGAAAAUUAUCGUCACGACAGCUCACCGGAAGCAGUACAACUUGCCGCCGAGCCAGAAGUAGCAACAGCAACACAACAACAAUGUUCACCGUGUGCAAGAGUGCCGCAGGGGCAACGCUGGUCGCUAGCCUGCAAAGGUAUGGUGUCCGCGCAAUGUCCUCGUCGGUGGUGCAGAAUCCAAAGUUGGGCGAAUUCCCGCUUGAAAAUGAGCCCGUACUCGCCUACCGGAAAGGGUCGAAGGAACGCAAAGAGCUGGAAAGCGCACUGAAAAAAGCCGCAGCCAAGAUGGAAGACGUGCCGAUUAUUAUCGGUUCGGAAGAGAUUCGAUCGAAGCAGGUACGCCACCAGGUUAUGCCACACAACCAUAAACACAAGCUGGCCCAGUUCUACUACGCUGACCAGAAGCUGGUCCAGAAGGCGAUCAAGACGGCGACGGAAACGCAGGUCAAGUGGGACCGCACACCGCUCGACGAGCGUAUUCGCAUCUGGCAGAAGGCAGCCGAUUUGAUGGCCGGUCCGUACAGGCAGGAACUGAACGCCGCUACCAUGCUCGGCCAGGCGAAGACGGUGAUUCAAGCGGAAAUUGAUUCUGCCGCCGAGUUGAUCGACUUCAUCCGCAUGAACACGUACUAUCUGAAGGAGGCGGCCAAAUAUCAACCGAUCAGCGAGGAUGCGAAAGUAACGAAGAAUUCGAUGCGGUUCCGUGGCAUCGAUGGGUUCAUUGCUGCCGUCAGCCCCUUCAAUUUCACUGCCAUCGGUGGUAAUCUGGCGUACACGCCCGCCCUCAUGGGCAACGGUGUGUUGUGGAAGCCGUCCGAUACUGCCCUGCUCUCGAACUAUGUCAUUUUCAAGAUUAUGCGUGAGGCCGGUGUACCACCCGGUGUGGUAAAUUUCGUGCCCACGGAUGGUCCUGUGUUUGGUGAUACAAUCACGGCCUCGCCGCAUCUGGCCGGUAUCAACUUUACCGGUUCUGUACCCACGUUCAAUCGCUUGUGGCGUCAGGUGGGCGAGAACAUUAACAGCUACAACAAUUUCCCCCGACUGAUCGGCGAGUGCGGUGGCAAGAACUAUCACUUUGUGCAUCCGUCUGCGGAUGCCGAGUCGGUGGUAAAUGGCACAAUCCGCUCUGCGUUCGAGUUCUGCGGCCAGAAGUGUUCGGCCUGUUCGCGUAUGUACGUGCCCGAAUCCCUAUGGCCAAAGGUGAAGGACGGUUUGCUAAUGAUCCGUGACACACUGAAGGUGGGCGACGUGACCGAUUUUUCCAACUUUACUUCGGCCGUCAUCGACGACAAAGCAUUUGCGCGCAUCAAAUCGUACAUAGAUCAUGCUCGCAGUUCCAAAAAUCUUACCAUUCUCGGCGGUGGCAAGUGUGACGACAGCAAGGGCUACUUUAUUGAACCGACUAUUGUGCAGACAACUGACCCGAACGAUCGCAUUAUGACGGAGGAAAUCUUCGGCCCGGUGCUCACGAUCUAUGUAUAUAAGGACAAGGAUCUCGACAGUACCAUGAAGCUUGUCGGCGGAUCGACCCGGUUCGCACUCACCGGUGCUGUGUUCGCGCAGGACGAAGCGUUCCUCAAGCGAGCUCUGGACGAGUUCAAGAUGACGGCCGGAAACUUCUACCUUAACGACAAAUCAACUGGUUCCGUCGUCGGUCAGCAACCAUUCGGUGGUGGUCGUAUGUCCGGAACAAACGACAAAGCCGGUGGUCCGCAUUACGUGCUCCGGUGGGCUACACCACAAUCGAUCAAGGAAACGUUUGUACCGCUGAAGGACAUCGACUAUCCGUACAUGCGCGAGUAAGCGACGCGUUGAAGCUGAAGCUGUUACUGAUGUUCUUUUGUUUAUACGAGACGAAUGAUUAAUCUUUCCGCUUGUGCCGGGUGAGAACAGUGCGUCAACUUCUGUACAUCCCGGAUUUCCCAUUGGUUUUUCGUUCCUACUAUAACUCACAAGCAUCAAAUAGCUUGUCAGUCGAUUGCUGGAUUUUUCUUUACGUUUUCCUCGUAUACUACUAGUGAGGUAGUACGCCGACCAGCAGCAGGAUCUGUUUGUUUUUUUUUUUGCUUAUUAUCACUAAGCUGACCCGCGUUGAAUAGUAAUUGUCAAGCUUUCUCACGCGGCAGAAGAUUUGGAAAGGGAUCAUAAAACCGGCAACCGGUUGAAAUGAAAUAUGCAGUUCAUAACGCAAGGGCACUCGGUUCCGAAUACAAUUUGACAAUACUUAGCUGCGCAACUGACUGGCGCCGCUCCGGCAGCUGCGGGAUGCAAUAAUGAUCACCACUCGCAUUAAGCUCCAUUCGCACGGCUACGAUGUAGAAUCGCCGUGAUGUUAUUUUUUUUUGUUUGUCCGUUCUUGUUUUAUUACUUUCGUACGGUCCACGACGCAAUAAGUGUGAUUAGUGUGUGCUCCUGCUCGCUAGGAAAAGGUAGUUUUAUAGUGUAUUACUACUUGUUGAACGUGCUGUUUUUCAUUUGCUUUUGGAGUGUUCGGUUCCGGCAAUAUGAAUCGGGCUCUUACUGUGAUUAUUAGAACGAGCCAAUCCGGUUGCGAAUUAAGUAUUACCGAUGCACCGUUAAUGGCAUACAUCGGCCAUCGGCGGCAUGAUGUGUGGGGAAGGGUGCGGUCUGAUCUGAUGAGAACGAACGAGAUACUACAAUUACCCUUAUAACGUAGAUGGGCGCCAUUUUCUGACCGACCACCUUUGAUGUAGCUCCACUGCUAUAUUUAAUCAUCAGUCGCAACAUAAAACCAAAUCUCAAAAACCAUCUAUAUACAUGUUUCUGUGGCCGCAGUAUAACGAGAACGUGUACGACGGUUCGAUGAAAAGAAAACCACGUAUAUGGAGACAAACGACAAGCAACAAGGUGGACCCGUUUGCUGCUGCAUUAUUGGCCGUUUGAUGAUUGUAUCAAACAACUAUCAUAAGCGUAGCGUAAGAAUGAGACAAAAAUUAUACUGAACGAAAACAAAAAACACACACACAAUAAUAAGUUAAUAAAUGUUUUAAAAAUGAAAAACAA